AUGCCUAAAAGACGAAGGGAGUCAAAAGAAGAACGUUUAGAAAGGAAGUUGAACAAAUAUAAGAAAAAAUAUGAACGUUGUAAAAGACGUAAAGACGAACAUUCAAAAGAUAAUAGAAACGAAAAUGAUGUUGGCGAUAUUGUGGAAAGUAUUGAAUCAGAAGAGGAGAUUAUUCUGGAAAAUAUCGAACCAGAGGAGGAGGAGGAGGUAGAAAUUAUGGAAGUUAAAGAAGAACAUUUAGAAGAGGAUAUUAUAGAAGCCAUGGGUCCUCCGAUUAGUACUGAAUCUUCAUAUGGUCAACCAAUACAUCCGGAGAUCUAUAAAAGGGUCGAAGGUAUUUUGAUGGAAGGCUUGACUAAAGAAAAGAUUGAAACAUAUAAAAAAGAACAAUUAAUACCGGAAAAUACCAUUUUGUUAGAGGCACCACUACUGAAUCCUGAAUUACACAUGAUACAGGAGUCAGAAAAAACAAGAGAUAAAAAAAUUGAGAACCGCCAAAAUUUAUUAGGAUUAGCCACAGGCACAAUAUUAAAAUGUGUUGAUAAUUUAACCAAACAAAAUUUUAAUAAAUUAGAUAUCAUAAAAAACAUGACAGAGGCGGCCAGGAUUCUAGCCCAUCUCCAUUCAGAAGAUACGGUAAUAAGAAAAAAUUUGUUAAUACCUCACUUAGAUAAAACCAUAUCUAAGACUCUUGCGGAUCUCAAACGGGAUAAAUUCUUAUUUGGAGAAAAAUUGAGUGAAUGUGUAAAGAGUGCAACAAUUUUACAAAAAUCUGCUUCAAAUCUUCUAAAGAAAUCUAUUCCAAAACCUUUUAAGCCAAGGCAAAAUUCUACUACAAAAAACUACUAUCCCCCUCAACAUCAAAGGACCCAGAGGAAGAUGUUCAGGGGAAAUCAAAAUUUUCAACGGCCGGCAACCAAGGUCCAAGCACCGGCAGUGACUCGCAGCCAGCCUCACAAACAAAAGAAUUACAGACAACAACGUGCCAAAUACCCAUAG